UUUAUUCUUUGUUUUGUCUUUAUUUUUUGAAAGUCAAAGUUCUGAUGUAAGCAGUAUAGGAGUCGAUUGUUGUGUUUCGUGUAGUUAGGCGCACUGUCGAGUGCCGCUUCUGUCUAUGAUUAAAGAGCACGAAACGAACCAAGUAGUAAUGACUAUUAUUAAAUAAACAUGCGUCAAUGUUUGGAGUGCGUCCACGGUUUAAUUAUUAGUGUUUAUAAAUAAAUGCCGUGUGUUGCAUCGUAACAUACUUUAAUUUAUUUGUUAAACUAGGGUAACUAAUAUGGAAAAAGAUGAAGUCAUUUGUAUCUCAUCCGAUGAUGAUGAAGAGACAGCAAAGAAUGAGAGCAAUGGAAAAGGAGCAUCCAAACAGACGGAAAACCUGGAAGAUUCUCAGAUGAAAGUGGAAGUUGAAGGAAACAACAAUGAAAAGGUAGCAACCUGCGGAAUAAAACGGAGCGUGUCUGAUAUGAACGACAGCCCCGAUGCGGAUUUCCAAAAGACUGCGAAAGUAUUCGUAUGCGAACGAGAUUACAAAGCCCGAUCGCCUACAGCAGGACAGAGCUCCGACGAGCACACAAAUGUGCAAGAGAACGGAGCAGAAAGUCAGAUACCAAAACCAAAACUGAUCGUAAAAGAGAAGAAAGUAUGCCCUCCUGUGGCGCAAGACAUAUUUCCUAUGUUCCUUAGCUUAUGUUUGCACAAAGAUCGUUCAGACGAGAUGAAAGUAAUUACUAAUAGGCUAAAGAGACGUUACGAACAGCUAGAUCCUGCUUACGCCAAUUCCGAAGCUUUUCUUACGUUCUUGAACGAAAAAAGAAACGAUAUCAUGAACAAAACUCAAUUGUAUGUACAUAUUAUAGAAGUAAUGAACGUCAUGAAAAGUAAUCGUAAAAAUACGUCCUCUCCGUUAUUAAAUGGCAGCGAUCAAAAUGCUGGCUGUUCGAAUUCGGAUGCUGUGAAUAAUAACGAAGACGAAACGGAGCAGGACGAAUACGCUUCUUCGCCGAAGAGAAAAUCGAUUAAAAAAUUGUUAAAGGCGAUGAAACAGUGCGAGAAGGGUAUAAAGAAACUGGAAGAAUCAGAAAUCAAUUUCGAUGAAGAAAACAAUAGUAGUUAUAUGAAAUUAGAGAGGUACAGGUAUAGAAUGGUGGAACUCUACAACAAACUUUGCGAAUACACUGGAGAAAAUGCUGACGCAGGAAGACAAUACCUACGGCCCAAGCAUCUCAGCACGACUGGAAUCGUUGCUGUCGAUCACGCAAUCACGAGUUUCAUCAACUCCAAAAUAUCUAAGAGGAACAAACUCAAGAAAGUUGGUGCUUUCGCAGACGCACUGAUUUUUCCAGACUACAGUGACAUUUUACAGUGCGUUGCGACGUGUAACGAGUCGCGGCAAUUAGGACUGGAUAACAAGAAACAGCAACAACUAGCGAAGAAGGCGUUUACAGAAUUGGGAGAGUAUCUCCAACGCUCUCGACGCAACGACUACUGGGACACGUUUUCUCUGUUCUUGGAAAACUCGGGAGACGAUGAUCCUGCGUUGAAGGAUCCCGAGUUGGCUCAAAAAUUAAUGCAGAACAAGAAAGAGGGCGAAAAAAGAUUAACGAAUGUGUUUCAGGAGUACGUGAAGAAACAGGAAGAGAUGAAGGAUGAUGCAACUGACACUAAAACGUCGUCAGAAAAUGAGGAAGACGUAGAGAAUAGUAGCGAUAGCGAUGAAGAAGAUACUGACAACGAAAAUAUGAAAGAUGAUGUCAGUUCAAGGUUAAAUAAGGAUAAAUCUAUCGCAGAUGAAGAUGAAACGAGUCUAGACAAUGCUAAAGUAACUGCUAAACGUAACACAGAGACAGCCGAUAAAAGCAGUAAAAGUAUAGACAGAGCUGAUUUUGACAUUAUGGAUGUAGACGAUGCCAGCGAUAAAUUGAAGGAUGUCAAUGGUGACAGUUCGAAAGCAACAAACAGCGUAGCAAACAUUCCUAAAUGUGUAAGGAAUUCCGAAUCACAAGCAGCGAGUAAAGACGAUACCACUAAGCCUUUACCUAAUUUAACGUUAUCUACUAAUGUGGAUAAUGAAAUUCUUAUCCACAAGACAAAAGAAGACGAGGCUAAUAUCAUAAGAGAAGAAGAGUCAACGGAUAACGUACGAUUAGAAGAAGAGAAGCCACUGUUGCGGGUACGGUCUUUCGCUAAGCCUCCUACAACAUGGGCGGACGUGCACGAGAAAGCAGACAAGUCAACGAUAGGCCACGGUACGGUGAUCAACAACGGGAUCGUAGAUCUCACAGGGGAAACGCUGAAUCAAAAUUCGAACCUCGCUAAAUGUAAAACGAUUCAAAUAGGAUCGAAGGUACUGCCUCUCGUGAAAAGUAAGUUCAAGACGUUGGUCAUACCGGCAGGUAAAAGUAUAAUUAAGGUAAAAAACAUAACAAACAAUUACGUGAGACUGAAUUCGCAAGAUAUCGAUUUGAGUAAUGCAGCGAAAUUGCAGAAAGGUCAGGCUAUAUCAUUGCACAAAGUAGUCGAUAGAAACAGGGAUUCGACGAUCGUACAUCUUCAAUCUAAUAAUCAGCAGUCGAACGCCGGUAAUCAGGCGAAAAAUUUGCUAACGAAACAAAACGGUCCGAUCAUACGAAUCCCUCCGCCUGGCCAAACUAUAUUGUUGACCGCGAAGCAAAAGGAAAGCUUACAGUCUUUGACAGCGAAUUCGUCUAAAUCCAAGCCUACAUAACUUAACGAAAAGUCGACUGUCGUUCAUCUUGAUCAUUGUUACGCGAGCUCGUUUGGAAAUGAUAGAUGAUCGACCAUUGUUGCGCGAUAUUAAUUGUAAAUGAUGGACGGUCGAUCGUCUUUAGUAGAUAAACGGAUAAUUUUGUACACAUGAAUUGAAACUUAACAACACUGUACCAGUACGUUGAUAUGUUGUAUGUAAUAAAUUUUUCAUGACCCACUGAA